AUGAAGACCUCAGCCGCUAACAUCGAGUGGCGCAAGCAAUGGCGUGCAAACUCAUCACGCCAACAAGUGACCAUCCCCACGGACGCAACUUUUGCAGAAACUGAACGAGCGUUCCAGGACAAAGACCGCACGAUCAAUGAGCGAAAGGCGGCAGCGCUACGUGGCGUGCCCACGCCUGUUAACAGUGAUCAGUUCUAUCCCAUAAGUCCACACUAUGGACGAACAGCAUCAUCCACCUCCGUGACUUCAAAGUAA